AUAUACAUACAUACAUAUAUGUAUGUAUAUAAAAGCGCGUGUGAAUGAAAAAUUGCUAGCGAAACAAUAACAACAAAAGCCGAGGCAAUACAGAUUUCGGAUUAAAUCAAUAACAUAAGGCAUUAAUUGAGUUGCAAUAAAAAAAUAAACGCAACAAAAACAACAACAAGUGUAUGCUGCAAGCAACUUACGGAUUAACGUCUGGUAGAUAAACACAAAAAAUCGCGCGCGAGUAAGAGAUAACAAGUAGAACAACUGUAAAAAAAUAUAAAAAACAACAACAAAACACGUCUGUUCAACACUGGUUGGCGCCAACAACACGUGAAAAUUUGUGAAAAGCACAAACACACACAAGCGCGAAUAUUUACAGUUUUUCGCUUUCAACGCUACCAAAUAGUGACGAAAGAACGAAGGAAAAGAGAAGAAGAAGAAUUUAAAUUCAAACAAAAAAGACUAUAACCAAACAAACAAAAGCAAAAACAUGGAGCAAUUUGCGGCACAAAUAUGGCAACAGCAGCAGCAGCAGCAACAGAAGGAGCAGCAAAACCAGCAACAAGAACAACAGCGCACCAGCGAACAACUCGCCGCAGUUGAACUAAAUGAACUCCAACAACAGCAGCAACAGCAGCAGCAAGAACAACGCAAAACAAGCACAGUGGUUGCUGUCAACAACAACAAGAACAAAUUGCCCGCCAUUGAAGCAACCAUCAUUGACAUUCCACUGCCGUCAGCGCCGCCAUCAUUAUCCUGCACGACAACCACAGCCUCCGCAGCCAUCGCAUUGGAGGUAAAAUCUUCGUCGUCAUCUCCCCCUGCCGUCGCCUGCUCUUCGUCGACCUCCUCCUCCUCGUCCUCCUCCUCCUCCUACGAUACAGAUAGCAGUACAACGAGCAGCACAUGCUGUACGCGGCAUGGUGAACAUAUUUACAUGGAGAAGGCACAACAUACCAAAAUGCAGCAGCAGCAACAGAUGCAACAACAACAACAGCAGCAGCAUCAGCAUCAAUAUGCCUGUAAUGAGGAUCCGGAAGCGUGUGAUCUGAAAUCCGACCACAGACUACAUUGGCCGUUGUUUAUGCUGCUGAUCUCGAUCGUUGAGGUCGCAAUUUUCGCCUACGACUCCGCCACAGUACCAGCUACGGCGACCACACGUCAGCUGAUCGCCAACAUGCCCAUACCAUCGGAUUCGGUAUUCAUCUAUCGCCCAGAUCGUCGUUUGCAAGUGUGGCGUUUCCUCUCGUACAUGUUCCUGCAUGCCAAUUGGUUUCAUUUGGGUUUCAAUGUGGUCAUUCAACUCUUCUACGGCAUCCCCUUAGAGAUGAUGCACGGCUCGGCACGCAUAGCGAUUGUUUAUUGUGCUGGCGUCUUUGCCGGUGCGCUCGGCACCAGCGUCGUAGACUCUGAGGUGUAUUUGGUCGGCGCUAGUGGUGGCGUAUACGCAAUAUUGGCUGCACACUUGGCCAAUCUGACGCUGAACUAUCGGCAAAUGCGUUUUGCAUCGGUGCAGCUGUUGGCGGUGUUGAUAUUUGUUAAUUGCGAUCUUGGCUACGCAUUAUACACACAAUAUCUGGACUCGCAGGUUGAGAAACCCCCACCAGCCGUUUGGCCCAACUACGAUCCCCCACCAGUUUCAUAUGUGGCUCAUAUGACCGGUGCGUUGGCGGGCUUCACCAUCGGUCUGCUGGUGUUGAAGAAUUUCGAACAUCGACCCUUUGAGAAUCUCAUUUGGUGGCUAGCGCUGGGUGUUUACAGCGCUUUCACUGUCUUCGCCAUUGUCUUCAAUCUCAUUAAUACGAUGACCGGACAGUUGGUGGAGGAGCGCAGUGAAGUUGUGGCACAACAAUUGUUGUACGAUUUGGGUGUGUCGUAAAAAGUGUGUUUGCGUAGAAGGGUUAUGUGUGAAAAUUGAGGUAUGAAAUGCAAAAAAAAAAUGCAAAAAAAAAAAACAACAAAAAGUGCAUGAAGAUUAAAAAAUUCAUGUGAGAAAAAUUAAAAUAGCAUGAGAUAUUUAAGUAAAAAAAUAACUCCAGAAUCACUUUGAGUGCAAAAUACGCAUUUUUCUGCAUAACUCGGAUUCAGUGCCGCAUUUUCGAUGCAAAAAGGCCGCCACGGAAGAAAACAAAGUUUAAUAACAAAAAUUGCUUCUGUUAAACAUUUCUAUUUAUUUAUUAACUACAUUUUAUUACACAUAUAUUUUUUUACCGUUGCUGUUCUUUUUGAAUUUUAAUUACUUUUUUUAAUUUUUUUUUGCAUCGAACGCAAAUAAAACCCCAAAUCGUAUAAACAAAUGUUGUGAUAAUACCAAAGACUGAAUUAAUUUUGAAAAUAAAAGAGAUAAAAAAUAAAUAAAUGCAUACACACACACACACACAAAGAGAAAUACAUUCAAGCACGCUUGAAUGAAAUUUAGCGGUUAAAUUAGGAAGUGUGAAAUAAAAGAAAAACAAAACAAAACAAAAUAAAAAACAUUUAUUUAUUUAUUUAUUUAAUUUUAAUUGUAUAUUAUGUAAUUUACAUUGUAGACAUCAAUGCACAAUCGGGUCACACAACCAAAUAUAUUAAAUAGUAUGUAUGUAUUGUAAUUAGGCAAGCAGUUGCUGCAGCAUUCGUAUGGCUGCAUGUACAUGUAUAUGUAUAUAUAUAUAUAUAUAUAUAUAUAGAUUUCAAAAAGUAUCCUCGUUAUCCCCCGCAAUUACAUGCAUGCAAUAUAUGUUUGUAUGUAUGUAUGUACAUACUAUAUAGAAGUCAGCAAAAAAAUAAUGAAUUUUGCAGCUCAGCGUUAAAUAAUCGCGCUGAAAAUCGCAUUUUCACUAAAACCAGCGCACUAGUCAACCAAAAAAUAAUAGUUACAAUAAAAAUAAUAAUAAAAUAAAAAAUGAUGUUAGCGAAUGCAGGUAAAAGGCAGCACGAAGCCGGAAGUGUGGGCAUUGUUUAUUGAAAAAUUGUAACCAAUUCAAAUUCAAAACGUUCCAAUUGAAGAAAAAAAAUUAAUUUUUCAAAGAAAAAAUCAGUAAACUAAAAUAUUUUUUAAAAUUCAAAACUUUUGCUUUAACUUAUUAAAAAAAAAUCACAAGAACCUCGAGUUGUUUAUGGUAUUUUCAAAACUAGUACAAAAUUUUUUCAAAAGUUUGUUUUAACAAAAUUCAGAUAUUUUUUCGGUAAUUUUCUAAUUUUAAAUAACUUUGAGAACUUCAAACGAUUUAGUGUCAGAAUUUUUUUGUUUUUUUGUUUUUCUGGAGAUAAGAUAUUUCGAAAAAAA